UUCUUUGUGCAGGUUUGGGGGUUUAAAUUGGUAGUCAUUGCUCGCUCAGUAAUGAGCCAUUAUUAAAAUAACGGUGUUGCUUGAAGUAUAUUUACUGAGAACGAAAGUAAUUUUGGUAGAAACUUAUUGAUAACUAAGUUUCUCAUUCUGUGAGAAAAUAAAGUAUACUCAUACAAAUAUGRAUAAAGCCCAAGAAGAUAAGAUACCAAGGAAAUCUCCGACAAGAAUUGAAGAUUUCCGUUCAACCAAAAGCCGCACCAGAGACUUUCGACAACUCAUUUUACUCCAUAAAAGAUUUGAAGAAGACGCCUUGCGUUUUUUCCGUCGAGGUUACGUCAGUCCAUCACGAAAUUCUACAGAAAAUAAACCUGAAGAAACAAGAGAAAGGAAUUUUGCGAAAGAUUUAUCGCGCAGAAUGAUUCUUGAUUAUUUUCCUAGAGUUGAUUAUCUGAAUGACRACGAUUAUAUGAAGGAACUACUUGGGGAAUACGAAGCAGGAAAGCGGCUUAAUGAUAAUAAUGGUUUCAAAGGAGGACGGCUUACACUGAAAUUACCCAAAAUGRCAAGUAUUUCUCCAGAAAAUAAAGCAAUAUUUUACACUACUUUACCUAAAUUUCCUCCAUUGCCAGCUAAAACUGAAAAUAAAAGGAAUAAAGGAACGCAAUGUUUUAGGAGGAGUGUUCCGAAGUACCGUAAUUCAAAGAGAAAAGACGAAAGCUUUUUUAAAAUCAAACAAGCUUCGUUUUCCUCGAAAGGAGAGAAUAUCUUCGAAGACUUAAACUCCAUAAGAAAAGUUAGAGAAACUAACUGCAAAAUGGGAGCUGUUCAGUUACAAAUCUUUCUACCUAAAAGUGGUUCGAAAAAAGACCAAAAGAAACAUCAGGCCGCAGUGAAUGAAAAACGACGUCUUCCAAACCAAGUCGACUGCAGAAUGAGUUUGGAAGGCGACUCUAACGUCAAAACAAAUUCGAAAAAAUCCGAACCUCUCAAUGAAGAAUCAAGAGAAAAGUUGUUGCAGAAAGUAAAUGGAAAGACUGUUCAUUUGCGUGAGCUUUUACAUGAAGUUCAAGUCUUCUCCCCUAUGCCAAGUAGAUAGCUGUGACGGUAACAUUUAAGGCAGAAAUUGAAACUUUUUUAUUUAUUUUGAUACAAAAUUACGCUGGAACAGGUUGCAAGAGACCAUGAAGUCUCUUGUUAAACGCUAAUAUUUCCCCCCAAUGUGGCCUUUUUGCCAGAAAACAAGAAGAGGCUCAGAAAUUGAAAACUCAUUCGUGCCAGUUCUCGCA